AUGGGAACUUUAAACAAGCACGUCAGCUUAGCAUUACAUGCCAUGGGGAUAUAUGCAUUCUUCCUUGUGUUUGGAGUUUAUGGCGAGAAGCUAACAACAACAACAUAUAAUGGCAGGAAGUAUGAGUCUGCUUUAUUUCCAUUGGUCCUUCAGAGCUUAGGAGGCAUUGCAGUGGGAAGGACGAUGAUGAGUUAUAGCAAAGAGGCAGAGGGUGCCCCUGGAAAAAGGGUGUUGUGCCACUAUGCCUGCUUGGCACUUCUAAGCCUGAUAUCUGCUCAGCUGGGAUUCAUCUCACUUAAAUACCUUAGCUAUCCAACACUGAUAAUUGCAAAGUCCUGUAAGCUGCUCCCUAUUGCCCUAAUGAACUUUCUGAUAUACAGGAGAACCUUGAGCCAUAGGAAGUGUCUGUCUUUAAGCCUGAUAUCUAUAUCUGUUCUCUCUUUCUCGCUGUUCGAUAAAAGGAGCACAUCGACAUCUGGAUUUAGCUUCAUUGGGAUUUUGAUUCUUAUCACCAGUCUUCUUGCAGACGGAAUCAUAAACUCUGCUCAAGAUCAUUUGUUCAGGACAUUCAAGAUUUCAUCUUUUCAUAUGAUGUACUACACUAAUCUGUUCCGGUUCUUGAUAUCCUUUACGGCAAUCCUCCUGACAGAUAACUUGAAGUAUUCAAUUGCAUUCAUAAAGUCCACUCCAGAGAUUGUGCCAGACCUGUUCUUAUAUUCCACAUUCAAUAUCUUUGGCCAGAUCGUGAUAUAUUCGAUGGUUCAGUCUCAUGGGUCUCUAACUCUCACCACAGUCAACCUUACAAGAAAGAUGCUUUCCAUCUUCCUGUCACUAAUCGUGUUUGGCCACAGGAUCAAGAAAGUUCAGGCACUCUCAAUACUCGGUGUUCUGGGGUCUAUAGCACUAGAGAUGACCGACUUCAAAGGCCAAAAGGAAAAGGACGUUUAA